AUGUCCAAGUUUUUUGAACUUCCCGGAUCGCACAAACCUCCCAAUGCCGAGGAUGUUCAACAAAAACCCUUGGCGGGUCAGCGCCGUGAAAGCUUGACAUAUUUUGAUUAUGGGGCUACACAAGGGACUCCGAAGGUUUCUUCAAGGCUGGAUCCGGAGAACCCCAACAAGAACAAGCUUGGGACAUUCGAGGGUGUUUUUGUACCAACGACGUUAAACGUUCUGUCAAUUCUGAUGUUUUCGAGAUUUGGUUUUAUAAUAGGGCAAAUGGGUGUACUUGGAACAAUAUUCCUGCUUGUGUUGAGUUAUGGAAUUAACCUUUUGACCACAUUGAGUAUAUCUGCUAUCCCGACUAAUGGAACCGUUCGAGGUGGAGGUGCUUACUACAUGAUUUCUAGGAGCUUGGGCCCGGAAUUUGGUGGUUCUAUUGGGCUUAUAUUUUUCUUGGGUCAAAUGUUAAACAGCGGAAUGAACGUUGUAGGUAUCAUUGAGCCUAUCAUGUACAAUUUUGGUUCAAAAAUUGAUCAAGAAACUCCAGUAUUGUACCCCUUGUUAAAAAGGGGAUACUGGUAUGAGUUUUCCUACGCAUCACUGAUUCUUCUGUUAUGUCUUGGGGUUGCUUUGGUCGGGUCAGCUACUGUGUCUCGUGCUGGAAAAAUCUUGUUUUGGCUACUGCUCUUUUCAACUUUAUCAAUACCGAUAUCUGCCAUUUUCGUGUCUCCAUUCAAUGAUGGUGAAAUAACAUACACAGGUCCGUCACUUCAAACUUUGAAAGACAACUUGUACCCACAUUUCACAAGGCACACAGCGGGAUCACUACUUAAAGGCAAAGAAACGUUCAAUGACCUUUUCGGGAUUUUCUUUCCUGCAACGGCAGGCAUUUUCGCAGGUGCGGGUAUGAGUAGUGAGCUGAGGAAACCAUCUAGAUCGAUUCCUAAGGGAACUCUUUGGGGCUUGGGAUUAACUUUUACUUGCUACUUGGUGGUAAUUUUAACAAUUGGACUCUGCAUUCCUCGUCAAUCUCUUCAUAGAGACGUACAGAUCAUUCAAACUGUAAGUGCCUCCCAAAUUGUUAUUCUAAUAGGCGAACUAUCAACUUCCAUUUUCUCUAUUAUUGUUGGUAUAGUUGGUGCUGCCUUCGUUCUUGAGGCAAUAGCGAAAGACUCCAUUUUCCCCGGCAUAUCAAUUUUUGCAAAAAAACCGCUUUGUUCUGUUUUAUUCUCUUGGGCUUUGACCCAACUGUGUCUAUUUUCUGAUGUCAACCAAAUUGCAACUUUUAUCACCAUGACUUUUCUAAUGACUUUCGUGGUAAUGAACUUGGCUUGCUUUCUCUUGGAGAUUUCUUCAGCUCCCAAUUUCAGACCAUCCUUCAAAUACUUCGAUUGGUAUACUGCUUGUCUUGGCGGUGCUUUGUCAAUUAUAGCCAUGCUCAUUGUGGAUCCCAUUGCUGCGUCCAUGGUCAUACUGACAAUUUCAGUAAUUUUUGUCGUGAUUCAUUUGUUCUCUGCCCCGAAGCCUUGGGGUGACGUAUCUCAAAAUAUCAUUUAUCAUCAAGUCCGCAAGUACCUGCUGCGUCUGCGGCAAGAUAAUGUGAAGUACUGGAGACCACAGAUUUUGCUACUGGUUGACAACCCCAGGACCAGUUGGAACCUGAUAAAGUUUUGCAAUAAUCUCAAGAAAGGCGGCCUUUAUGUGCUAGGCCAUGUCACUGUUGGAGAGAGCUUUCAACGCGAAUACGAAGAAAUGAGAAAGCAAACAAAAGCCUGGGUCAAAAUUAGAGAUAUGGCUAAUAUUAAGGCAUUUGUACAAGUUGGGACUGGACCAACUCUCCCGUGGGGAGUCAGGAACGUCUUUUUGGGUUCAGGCCUGGGCGGGAUGAAGCCGAAUAUAACUGUGAUAGGAUUUUUCGAUUUAGCCAAUUAUUACAAUACUCGGAAUAAAGUUAAGGACCCCGCCUCUAAAAAAACCUCAACUAAGUUAUUCACAGGUCUACCAGCAAGCAAACAAAAUGGGAGCGUUGCUGUCGAUAUACCUGAUGACCUUGGUCUCCUGCCAACAGACGUCUGCAAAAAUGAACAAAAGAUAAAAGUUCAGCAGUGGCUGCAAAUUAUUGAAGAUCUAUCAUUGAUGCAUAGUAAUAUUGCUGUGGCGAGGAGAUUUCAAGAUCUCUCUCUACCUAACAAACACGACAAAGUGAAAAAAAAGAGAUACAUCGACCUAUAUCCUAUUCAAAUGUCUGCCAAGGUGACAGUGACUGAUGACUCAUCAGAAGGCAUCAUGGCUACCAACUUUGAUACGUACACUCUCAUUUUGCAACUAGGAGCUAUUCUUGUUACUGUGCCAUCAUGGAAAAAGACGCACUGUUUGAGAGUGGUAGUCUUCAUAGAGAAUGAAUCUGAGAAACACGAUGAAAAUAAAAGGAUUAGCAACCUCCUAGGAAUUUUGAGGAUUGAGGCCGAAGUUGUUGUCUUAUCUCUAGAUCAAUUUCGCGUGUACAAUACCAUUAUAAAGGGUGACCCAAUCAAGAUGGACGAGGUUUCUCGUGUCUUGCAAAACGAUCCAUGGUGGACCGAACUUAAGGAAGCUAGAUCGACUCAUAAAACGAGACGCAGAUUUACCAUGUCCGCAACUCCAAAUGCUACAUUGGCGAGAAAUGUGAGCCGGAGCGCUCCUAAGUACAACGUUUCACAGCUACAGAGGCUAGGAGUUUCAAUGUCCAUGACCUCAAGUGUCUUGAGAAACAAUUUCGAGAUCCCUGAUAUAUCUGAUGACGAUGACUUGGAUCAGGAUCCCUUCUCUGAUAUUAUAGAGGACGCAAAGGAUUACCGAGGUUCUGAGAUGAACAAUGCUAACAGGGAAAGAUCGAUGGCAUCUUUGAAAGCUGGCCAGAAACACAACCCACACCCAAAGACCGCGAAGGUUUCGGAUGAAAGGUCUGUACGAUCCUUGAUGCCAGUUUUUUCCAGCGAUGCUCUUCCCAAGACCAAGGUAAUCGAGGAUGCAAGUGGAGACAAACCUUCACUAAUUCCAGUUGUUGAAAGCGACAACGCAAACUUACAAACAUCGUCACAAGACGCUGGUAGAAAUCGCCCACUUCCUACCCUUUCCCCAUGCCAGUCUAGCGAAAGUUUGCUGGCUGAUUUGCGUGGCUUAUCUUUCAAUGAUGUACCUAGUAAAGGCCAACAUCUUAUUUUGAAUGACGUAAUGAUGCAGGUUUCUAGGAAAUCGGACCUAGUUUUCUCAACUUUGCCAUUACCACCUUUGAACACUCAUAAGAGCGAGCAAGAAAGUCUCGAAUAUAUCGAAAAUUUAAAUGUUUGGCUGGAUGGAUUGCCACCAACAAUGUUGAUAAACUCCAAAUCUACUACCGUCACUACGGCACUAUAA